CAUUAACAUCAUACUUUCAUUCCUUCAUCCAAAUCUACAUAGUUGAUCUCUCUUUCUGCAAAAGCAUCUCCACUAUGGCCGGAGGGAAGAAGACGAAGGCUUCCAAGAAGAAAAGCACCGUCGAAGCCUCAAGCUCUGCGCCUAAACCAUUCCCCUAUCUCGAUGGAUCCUUCUUGGAGUUCGGGUCGGAGGAGGAACUCACCCGGUUCCUCACGCACUUUGCCAAGCGUCCUAUUUCUCCGCCUAAGGUGCUGCCCGAGUUAUACCCUCAACAAAAGGGGUACCACGACCUCGACAAUCAACUUCAAGCGUCGGGUCUGUGGUCGUUUGUCUCCAGGAGCCGUCAAUCCUACAAUCCCGCCUUUGUCCGGGCCUUCUACUCCAAUCUCCGCCGUGACGGGGACACCAUCCGCAGCAGCAUCAAUCUCUAUGACAUAGAGAUUGAUUUGCCUACCUUUGCUCGGGUCGCAGGGCUGCCCAUCCGCGGUGACGACAUCGCGACAUAUGGUGCCCCACCGGACAAGCGCCUCCUCCUCUACAUCAUCACCCGGAUUCUUCGCCCCCGAGACAGCAACCAUACCUCGGUCUUCAACGAGGAUUUGAAGGCGAUUCAUGCAAUCAUCCACGACGCCUCCAUCAAUUGGGCAAAAUUUGUCAUGAUACACAUGGCGGAUUGCGCCUCACUCGCCACCGAGCGGAGCUUGCCGUACGCCUUCCUCAUCAUGGACAUCAUCGUCUCCGCCGAUAUCCACAUCGCCGGGCCAGACACGAAGAUGACAAAGCUUUGGAUGAUCGCCGACACCACCUUCCGAAAGAAGUCUGGAAACAGAGACGGCGCAGGCCCAAGUCGUGCACCAGCCCCCGCUCCCGCCAAGGCCUCUUUGCAAUCCAUAGCCGAUACCCUGAAUCGGCUAACCCUCACAGUGGAUGGCAUGGGGCAGUCAAUCGAGCGGAUGGACUGGACGUUGCAACGCCAACACCACGACAUGAUGGCAUACUUCCGUGGCGUCAACUAUGUUCCGCCACCUUUCGACAGCACCAUUCUCGGCCAAAACUUUGAAGUCGAGGAUGAGGACGACGACUCCUACGCUCCGUCCUCCUCCCCCGACGAGGCCGACUUUGAAGAUGCGGUCGACAGUGAUCCUAUGGACGUCGAGGACGACGGGGAUGCCGACACCGACUCCUAGAAUCUUCUUUCUUUUAAUAUGAUUGUAUUUUUUUUUAUUAUUUCCAUUCCGUUGUAUUCCGCAUUUCCCUUUUCAUGAAUAAAAAUUACUUUUAAAUCUUUUUGUUAAUGUCAAAAGAGGGAAGAUAUAAAGGUUAUGCAUUAAU